CCCCGCCCCUCCCUCCUCCUCCUCCUCCGCCGCCGCUGCCGCCGCUCGCCCGCCCGCCCGCUCUCUCGGUGUGCCGGUGCAGGGCCGCCGCGCCGCCGGCAGGAAACCUUCCCGCUCCCGCCCCUCGCCGCUCCCUCCCCCGCCGCCCCGCCGCGGGGGGGCGCAGCCCCGCACCCCCUGCCGCCGCCUCGCCAUGCCGGAGAAGCGGCCCUUCGAGCGGCUGCCCGCCGACGUGUCCCCCCUCAACUACGGACUCUGCCUCAAGCCCGACCUCAUCGACUUCACCUUCGAGGGCAAGCUGGAGGCCGCCGUGCAGGUGAAACAGGCAACCAACCAAAUUGUGAUGAACUGUGCUGACAUUGACAUUAUUACAGCUUCCUAUGCGCCAGAAGGAGAUGAAGAGGUACAUGCCACAGGGUUCAACUAUCAAAAUGAAGAUGAAAAGGUUACUCUCUCCUUUCCCAGUACUCUUCAGAAAGGGACAGGGACGCUAAAGAUAGACUUUGUAGGGGAGCUGAAUGAUAAAAUGAAAGGUUUUUACCGAAGUAAAUAUACCACCCCUACUGGAGACACACGCUAUGCUGCUGUCACGCAGUUUGAGGCUACUGAUGCUCGCAGAGCUUUCCCUUGCUGGGAUGAGCCUGCUAUUAAGGCAACUUUUGAUAUUUCUUUGGUGGUUCCUAAAGACAGAGUAGCUUUGUCAAAUAUGAAUGUCAUUGACCGGAAGCCGUACCCAGACGAUGAAAAUCUGGUGGAAGUGAAGUUUGCUCGCACCCCUGUAAUGUCAACGUAUCUCGUAGCAUUUGUGGUGGGAGAAUAUGACUUUGUAGAGGCCAGGUCCCUCGACGGAGUCUUAGUGCGCGUUUACACUCCUGUUGGCAAAGCAGAACAAGGAAAGUUUGCGUUAGAGGUUGCUGCUAAAACUCUGCCUUUUUAUAAGGACUACUUCAAUGUUCCUUACCCUCUUCCUAAAAUUGAUCUCAUAGCUAUUGCAGACUUUGCUGCUGGUGCCAUGGAGAACUGGGGCCUUGUUACUUAUAGGGAGACUGCAUUGCUCAUUGACCCCAAAAAUUCCUGUUCUUCAUCUCGCCAGUGGGUUGCUCUGGUGGUGGGACAUGAACUUGCUCAUCAGUGGUUUGGAAACCUUGUGACCAUGGAAUGGUGGACCCAUCUUUGGCUGAAUGAAGGAUUUGCCUCCUGGAUUGAGUACCUAUGUGUAGAUCACUGUUUCCCAGAAUACGAUAUCUGGACUCAGUUUGUUUCUGCUGAUUAUACACGAGCUCAAGAGCUUGAUGCCUUAGACAACAGUCAUCCUAUUGAAGUUAGUGUUGGCCAUCCCUCCGAAGUAGAUGAAAUAUUCGACGCUAUUUCUUACAGCAAGGGUGCAUCUGUAAUCCGAAUGCUGCAUGACUACAUUGGUGACGAGGACUUCCGGAAAGGAAUGAAUUUAUAUUUAACGAAAUACCAGCAGAAGAAUGCCGCUACAGAGGAUCUCUGGGAAAGCCUGGAAAAGGCGAGUGGUAAACCUAUUGCUGCUGUGAUGAAUACAUGGACCAAACAAAUGGGAUUUCCGCUCAUUUAUGUGGAAGCCGAGCAGCAAGAAGAUGACAAAGUGUUGAAGUUAGUUCAGAAGAAAUUCUGUGCCAGUGGACCAUAUACUGGGGAGGAUUUCCCCAUGUGGAUGGUUCCCAUAAGUAUUUGUACAAGUGAUGACCCCACCUGUGCCAAAAUGCAAAUAUUGAUGGACAAACCAGAGCUCACCCUGGUUUUGAAAGACAUCAAACCAGACCAGUGGGUGAAGUUAAACCUUGGAACUGUAGGGUUUUACCGUACUCAGUAUAGCCCUGACAUGCUGGAGAGUUUAAUACCAGCGAUCAAAGACCUCUCCCUACCCCCUGUGGACAGGCUUGGCCUGCAGAACGAUCUGUUCUCUCUGGCCCGAGCUGGAAUCAUUAGCACUGUAGAGGUUCUAAAAGUCAUGGAAGCUUUUGUGAAUGAGCCCAAUUAUACUGUGUGGAGCGACCUCAGCUGUAACCUGGGAAUUCUCUCAACUCUCUUGUCCCACACAGACUUCUAUGAGGAAAUCCAGGUGUUCGUGAAAGAUGUCUUUUCACCAAUAGGGGAGAGACUGGGAUGGGACCCCAAACCUGGAGAGGGUCAUCUAGAUGCCCUUCUGAGGGGUCUGGUCCUGGGCAAACUAGGAAAAGCUGGGCACAAGGCAACGUUAGAAGAAGCUCGACGCCGAUUUAAGGACCAUGUAGAAGGAAAACAUAUUCUGUCCGCUGAUCUGAGGAGUCCUGUAUAUGUAACUAUUUUGAAGCAUGGAGAUAGUACUACUUUAGACACUAUGCUGAAGCUUCACAAGCAAGCAGAUAUGCAGGAGGAGAAGAACAGAAUUGAACGAGUUCUUGGAGCCAUCUCUCAGCCAGAACUGAUUCAAAAAGUUCUCACCUUUGCACUUUCAGAAGAGGUACGUCCCCAGGACACGGUAUCUGUUAUUGGUGGAGUAGCUGGAGGCAGCAAGCAGGGGAGGAAAGCUGCUUGGAAAUUUGUUAGGGACAAUUGGGAGGAACUUUAUAAUCGAUACCAAGGUGGAUUCUUAAUAUCCAGACUAAUAAAGCUAACAGUGGAUGGAUUUGCAAAUGAUAAAAUGGCUGCAGAAGUUAAGGCCUUCUUUGAGAGUCACCCAGCUCCAUCGGCAGAACGCACUGUCCAGCAGUGCUGUGAAAAUAUUCUGCUGAAUGCAGCUUGGCUGAAGCGGGACGCCGAGAACAUCCACCAAUAUUUUCUGCAGCGCAAGGCCCCACCAGCCAUGGUGUGAAUCUGUGCAUGCCACUGCUGCAGUCCUGCUGCCGCCUCAUGGGGAGAGGGAGGAGCUACCCAACAGCUGAUUCAUAUGCCAAGAAUUUGGAGUCUUUUUCUCAAACCAAUGGGGAUUGGACAAUGAAUGUAGUUAACUGGUUCCUGCUCACACUCCAGAUUUAAAUUCUAUUAAAAUUAUCAGCAAUUCAGCAAAAAACAGAAAAAAAAGAGAGAAAAAAAUCUGUAAAUAUGAUAGUAAUAAAAUAGAGCAUAACAAAACUGUGAAACUUCCUCAAGCCUUGUCAGUGGUUAAAAUAUUUAACACCCCCCUCCUGACACUCUUAUUGACAGAUGUUCUGUUUUUUACACCCUCCCCCAGCCCUCCCCAAAAAAAGGAAACCAGUGGUUUCUAGGUCAGUGGAAUUUUGUGGAGAAUCUGGGGCAGGAAUGGGUUAAUGCCUCUGAGCGUUGUGUGGAACAGGUCAGUUGGAAAGGCAGGUAGCUGGUAUAACAUAGAGUCUGUGCAUCAUUCGAAGUGCGAGGUUUUGGGGAGAUGUUCCUGCAACCCCCCCCCAAUCCAAGGAUAGUAGGUUCCCUCCCUUUUGUGUUACCUCUCAGCAAAAAGAAAAAUGUUCUGUUGCUCUUCGGUUUUUCUCCUUGGUUCUACUUGCUGAUGUCCUUCUUAGAGAUAACGGAAUUGUAAGGAAACAUCUUUCAUAGCCACAUUAAAUAAGAGAAAGAUACAUGCAAUUUUUUUUUUUCUUACUAAAUUGCACCCUCAAAAUGCAUGCAAAUGAGGAGAUGAUUACUGUGUGACUGGUUCUCCUGGCUGCUGUUAGGGCAGGUCUCUUCUGUUCAAGACACCGUUACUUGUCUAAAAGAUCCAGCUUGUUCAAUCUCCUCAUGGCCGUAGCAACACUAGCUUUUCGUUCCUUUCUGUGAUGUUGAUGGUAAUUUGAUUCAGAAGCCUUAAAUUAGUGAUGACUGGCGUGAUGAUGAAGUCUAAGCUGUGUGCCAUCAUUUACUUCACAAAGCAGCGUGGUCUACUAACCAGACACAACACCCUCUAAUACAAAGGUUGGAGUUCCAUAUAUUUUAUUUUUUUUUCCUUUAACAGGAAUUCGUAUUUGGUGUGGCUUAACUGUAUUUCAGAAGGUCAUCAGACUAACUGUCAGACUGCUUCCCUGAAACAUUUUUGUGCUAUUGUUUAAAAAAAAAAAAAAAAAAAAUUAAAACAGUUGGCGUUAAUAAAAAUGUCAAUGUGAAAUUCA